GGCAAUCCUAGGACCGAUGCAUGAAGCCCGCAGGACUACUAAGCGGGGGUCUGGCAAAGAGCAGGUUGAAGGCGCUAGACUUCAUGCCGACUGAGUGUCGACAUCCCGGUUUGCAACGCCAUCCUGUGCCAUCGGAAAGGGGCUUCGCACCGCCGCCCCCGCUCCCUAAACUCGAAGCUUACCUCGUUUGUGCCACGUCUGUGUGCCGAUGGGGUCAUUUGGUGGCUCGGUGGAGGCAGCCGUGCUCGAGGUGCUGCGGGCGCUCGGGGAGGACCCGGAACGCGCUGGCCUUCGCGACACACCGAAGCGUGUUGCAAAAGCCUUCAAGGAGCGGCUGGUCGGAUACUGCCAGAAGCAAUGGCGCGAGCAUGAAUUCAAACUGUUUGAGGAGCCCUCGCUGCAACCCGGCAGCCCAGUGGACAUCCUCGAUGUUGUCGUGCAUUCCACAGAUACCUCCAGCCUGGCUCCCUAUGAGGCCCGCGUGCACGUCUCCUACAUCCCCCUCCGCAAGGAGGUUGUGGGUCUCAGCAAGGUGCCGCGGGCGAUCAAGCUCACCGCCAAACAGCUGCACUCCCCGGCCAGCCUGGCACACGCCCUGGCGACCCGCCUGGCCGACGGCCUCGGGCCCGACCGCUGCGGCGGCGUGGCGGUGCUGGUGGUGGUGGCGGCGGCGGCGGAGGGGCAGCAGCAGGAGCAGCAACAGCAGGAGCAGCUGCAGCAUGUGGCGGCGGAGGAGGCGGCCGGGCAGGAGGGCUCUGCUGCUGCCUGGCUCCCGCCGUCCCCUUUCCCAACCCUCCCACCGCCACCAAGCGCCGCGGCCCGCUGCUGCCGAGUCGAGGCAUGUGUGUCGGGGGCCUAUGCCGCCGGCCUGCAGCUGCAGCCGCCGCAGCCGCCGCAGCCGCAGCCACAGCAGCCGCAGCCGCAGCAGGUGUUGGAGAUGAAGGCGGGGGCGCCCCAGUGGCAGCAGCCCGCCGCCGCCCUGAGCCGGGCAUUGCCAGCCUGUCUGGAGGAGUUCCUGGACCGGGCCGGAUGCAGCAACCUCGCCAUCUCCAUCCACACCACCACCACUGCCAUCGACACCACCGCGCCGCCGCCACCGCCACCGCCUCCACCGCCACCGCGGGCUGCUGGUGGCAGCGGCGCCACUGGCCCGACGUCACCUGGGCCGCCAUCAUCGAGCCGCCGGCUUCCCGACCCGACCAGCCCUAACGGCCCCAACGGCCCCACCGGCCAAAACGACCUGACAGACCCCAGAGACCCCACGGACCCCACAGACCCCGCGGCGGACCCGCUGCCGCCGCCGCUGCUGCUGGCCCCCGUCCGCCGCCUGGUGGGGGCGGUGCUGCAACAGCACGUGCCCGCAGACCACCCCGCACACCGGGUCGUCGACUCCAUCGCCCGGCGCUUCACAGCGGACCUCCAGCGCGCCACCAUCGGCUACAGCCUGCCGCUGCUACUGCCGCUGGUGCCGCCGCUACUGCCGCCGCACCCCAACGCCGUCUCAGCAUCAGCAGCGCCGCCAGCGGGGCCAACCCGCUCCUCCUCUUCCCCCUCCUGCCGCGGCUGCUGCUGCGGCCGCUCCCCCCACACGCUGCGCCUGUCCUUCAGCUCCACGUGCGAGCACCACAUGCUGCCCUUCAGUGGCACAGCCACACUGGCCUGGACCUGCGCCGUGUGUGGCGGCCCUGGUGGCGGCGGCCCUGGCGGCAGCGGCCGUGGCGGCAGCGACCGUGGCGGCAGCGACCUUGGCGGCAGCGACCGUGGCGGCAGCGGCCCAGGCGGCGGCAGCCCUGGCGGCGGCCGUGGCGGCUGUGACGAUGACGGCCCUGGAGGAGGCGGCGUUAGUGAUUACUGUGAUGAUGGUGAUGGCAAUGGGGACGACGGCUGCGGCUGCUGUGUGUCGGCCGCGGCGGCGGUGGCGGCGGUGGCCACACGCGCGCUGCUGGUGCACUCCCGCCGCCUGUCGGUCCAGGAGCGCAUCACACACCAGCUGGCGGACACAGUGGGCGCCGCGCUGGAGCAGCUGCAGCGGCCGCCGCGGCUGCUGCGGGCGGCAGCAGUAGCGGCAGUAGCGGCCCCAGCAGACGCCGACGAUGGCGGCGGCGGCGGCGGUGACGGCGACUGCGACGGCAUUGGCGACGGCAUUGGUGGCGGCGGCGGCGGUGUGGGUGUGCUGGUGCAGCUGCGCGCCACGCACGCCUGCAUGUGUGCUCGGGGCACGGAGGCGCACGGCUGUAGCACCACCACCACCGCCGCCUGGGGCCGGGGCGCGGCACAGGGCAGCGCCGCCCGCAGACAGCUGUGCGCCGCCAUCCGGGCUGCUACUGCAGCUGGCACUGCCGGCAGUAGCGUCAGCAGUGGCAGUAGCAGCUUCGAUGCAUUCGACAUCGGUGGGGAUGGUGCUACUGCCAGGCUGCAGCAGCAGCAGCAGUCGGGCAGCCAGGGCCGGUCGGCGCUGCUGCCGCCCCCACCGCCCGCCUCGCCGCCAGGACUGCCGCCGCCGCCGCCCUCACGCGCCUGGUCGCUGAGUCUGCCGCUGCCUGCACUGCCCCCUCCCCCGCCUCCCCCUCCUCCGCCGCCGCCCCCGCCUCCUCCUCCACCUCCCCCUCCGCCCCUUCCUCCUCCUCCUGCUCCUCUUCCUCCUCCUCCUCCACCGCCCCCUCCACCUCACCCAUCGCCACCUCCGCCUCCUCUGCCACAUCUUCCUAACGCCAUUGUCAACCCUAUCCACCCCAUCCACUCCUCCUCCGCCCACGCCUCCGCCGCCGCCGCCGACCUCGCCGCCGCCGCCGCCUUUGCCCAGCUGUCGCGGCGCUCGCUUGAGUACGGCCCCCUGGGCGCCCACCUGGCGGCGCUGUGCCGGCGGGAGGCGGCGCGGCUGGGCCGCCCGCUGGCAGUGCUGGAGCUGGGGGCGGGCAGCGGCGGCGCGAUGAGGGCGCUGCUGCGGGCCCUGAAGGAGGAGGCGGCGGAGGAGGAGGCGGUGCCUGCGGACGCUGUUGCAGCGGACACAGUGGCGGUGGCGGCGGCGGCGAUUGCAGGGUCUGGGAAGGCAGCAAGCGGCACCGGCGCUGGCGCCAGGCCUGCUGGUGCAAGCCUUGCCGGUGCCAACGAUGUUGCCAGUGCGGGUGCCAGUGUCGGUGCGGGUGCGCCGGCGGGCCUGCUGCUGUCCCGGCUGGUGGGCCGCUACGUGGCUGUGGAGCCCAAUGCGGUGCAUGCGGCGCAGCUGGCAGAGGAUGAGGAGCUGGCGGCGGCACUGCUGGACCCGGCGGCGGCCGGCAGCAGCGGCGGCAGCGGCGGCGGCGGCGGCGUGGAGGUGGUGCGGGCCAGGCUGGGGCCGCUGCCGCCGCCGCCUGCGGCGGCUGCUGGUGGUGGGGAGAAGCAGCAGGAGCGGGAGGCGGAGGCGGUACUGCUGCUGCCCGACGGCACACCUGCUGCUGCUACUGCCCUUACGACUGCAUGUGGCGGCGCGCCGGGAUGCGGCGGCAGUAGCAGCGGCAGUAGCAGUGGUGGUGGCGGCGGCUUGUUCGAUCUGGUGCUGUGCUGCCACAGCCUGUACGGCGUGCGGCCCUGCAAGGCGGCGGCGGUGCGCUGGGCGGCGCGGCAGCUGCGGCGUGGGGCCAGUAGUGGCGGCUGCGGCAGUGGCUGUGGCGGUGGCGGCUGCGGCUGCGGUGGCGGCGGCGGCGGCUGUGUGGUUGUGUACCACCGGGCGGGUGAGGGCGCCGAGCGCCUGCUGCGUGACCUGCAGCUGCACCAGCAGGGGCAGGAGGAGGGACAGGAGGGGCAGGAGGAGGGGCAGGAGGGGCAGCAGCAGGGGCAGGCGGGGCAGGAGGGGCCGCAGCAGGGGCAGCAGCAGGGUCUGGUGCUGGAGGCGGCUGUGCAGCUGCCCGGCGGCCUGGUGGUCACCGACCUCAUGGGGGCGGCGGAGGGGGAGGUGGGGGAGGAGGAGGGGCAGGAGAAAGGGGAGGAGGUGGACAGCGGAGGCGCUGCCCAAGACGCCGACAUGGCCCUGGACCAGCUGUUGAUCGCGUUGGGCUGGACACCACCUCCAGCACCAGCACCAGCACCAGCAGCAGCAGCAGCAGCCACCCCGGAAAGCAACACGGCGGCAGCGACAGCCGCAGCCGCCGACAGCAACACGGCGGCGGCAGUGGACGGGAGCUUGGGGAGACCGGCUGCGGAGGCCGCCGCCGCGUCGCCCGACGAGCAGCCGCCGCAGCAGCAGGAGAAGCGACAGGAGCAGGGGCGUGAGCAGGGGCGUGAGCAGCAGGGGCGGCUGCUGCGGGCUCGCUUCCGCGCUGCGUGUGUACGGGGGCUGCCGCCCAGCCACCCCCUGGCCGCCGCGCUGCCCCCAGCAGCAGCAGGCCCCUGCUGGUUCUACGACAGCCCGGGCGUGGCGCUGGUGCUGCGGGCGGCGGCGGGAGGGAGCAACACUGGCGGCAGCAGCAGUAGCAGCAGCAGCAGUAGCAGGAGCGCCGGCCACGGCCACGGCAAUACCUACGCAGCCAGCGGUGCCGGUGCCGGGCAGAUACCGCUAGACGGCCCGGCCGCCGCCACUGCUGCUACUGCCUCUACUGCCGCCGCUACGCUUGAUGAGCUGGAGGCGGCGCUUCGCUCCACCGUCGCCACCACCACGACCGCCUCCACCACCGCCACCACCACCGCCACCACCCCCAUCAUCACCGCUAUGGCGCUUGACACGACACUCGGCGCCACACCAUCACCACUGCCGCCGCUGCCACCGCCGCCGCCGCUGCUGCUGCGCCCCGGCAGCGGGGAGUACGAGUUCGCCAUGAGUCGGCUGAAGGAGCGGGCGGCGAGGGGCCGGCGGCCGCUGGCGCUGGCACUGCCGCGCAAUGCAGAGGGCGUGCAGGCCUGUGUGCGCUGGGCGCUGGCCCACCGCCGGCCGCUGACGGUGGUGGGCGGCGGCCACAGCGGCCACUGCGCCGCCGACGGCGUCCUGGCCGUCAGCCUGAGGCACCUGAGCGGCGUGCGGGUGGACGCGGCGCGGCGGGAGGUGACGGCGGGCGGCGGCGCAGUCAUGGGCGACGUGGCGGCGGAGGCGGAGGCGGCGGGGCUGGCGGUGACCACUGGGGCGCGGCCCAGUGUGGGGGUGGGUCUGCUGCUGGCGGGCGGUGUGGGGCACCUGGCUCGGCCGCACGGCCUGGCGCUGGACAACAUACGAGCAGUCAGUUUCGUGGAGCUGCAGCGCGGGCGGCUGCUGCGAGCUGACGCCGCCGCCCUGCCCGGAGCCUUCUGGGCCCUGCGCGGCGCCGGCCCCUGCUUCGGCAUUGUGGUGUCAGUGACGCUGGCGGCGCACCCCCUGACCACCAUUGGCACACUGGACCUGCAGCUGCCCCUGCAACUGCCGAUGCCGCUGCCUGCGCCGCCGCUGCCGCCGCCGCCGCAGCUGGUGCCCCCCCAAGAUCUCCAGGCGCCGCCCUCACAGCCGCCAAGGCCGGAAGCGGCGCCAGCACCAGCACCAGCAGCGCCAGCAGCAUGCGGCCUCGGCAGCGAGCAGCUGGCCGCCACAAGUACAGGUACAGGAACAGGAACAGGAACAGGCACGGCCACAGGCACGGCCUUUCCGCCCCCUAACCCCGCACACGCCAGCGCUGCAUCCACUACAAAAGCAGCCACCACCACCGCCUCCGCCGCCUCCGCCGCCUCCAGCAGCGCCCGCCUGCUGCUGUGCGAGUACGCGGCCGCCACCGCCGCCGCCCCGCGCGCCCUGUCCGCCGACGCCUUCCUGUACUGGUCCGGGCCGCACCGGCAGCGGGACCUGCAGCUGGCCGUGUGCACCUUCCAGAUACCGCAACAGCGGCGGGAGGAGGAGCAGGAGGAGGAAAAGGAGGGGCGGGAAGAGGAGGAGGGGCGGGAAGAGGAGGAGGGGCUGCCAGUGCAAGGGCAGCAGCAGGGGCCCAGGCGGCCGCAGCACGUGGAGCUCGCCGCGGGUGAUGGCGGAGCAGGCGGCGGAGCAGGCGGCGGUGGCGGCCAGUGGGCGGCGUCCCUGCGGCUGGCGGCGCGGCUGUGUGCGGCCGCGGGGGUGCCGCUGUCGGAGGCGCUGCGUCGCGGCCCCGACGCCGUGCGCCCCACACAGCUGUUUGACCGGGAGUUGUACAUGAGCAUGGACGCGCGGCGGGUGCUGACGGGCCCACUGCAGCAGCAGCAGCAGCAGCAGCAGCAGCAGCAGCAGCAGCAGCAGCAGCAGCAGCAGCAGCAGCAGCAGCAGGUGAUGGGCGGUGCAGUGGAGAGUGCGGUGUGGGGUGUGGGAAAGGAAGCGGGCCCGGCGCCAAAGUGCGGCACCUUCAAGCGCUGCUGCUUCCUGCUGCCACCACCCCAGCCGCCAGCCCCGCCGCCACCCAGCAGCGACGACCGCCGCCGCCGCAGCGGUGGCGAUCACCCUUGCGGAGGCGGCGGCGGUAACGGCGGUGACGGCGGCGGUGGCGCCGCCUCCUGCUGGCCUGCGGGUGAGGCGCUGCUGCAGGUGCUGGCGGCCUCGCCCUCGCCGCUGUGCUACGUGCACCUGGUGCACUGCGGCGGCGCGGCGGCCGAGCCCGAACCCGCCGCCUGCGCCUUUGGCUGCCGCGGCUGGCAAUGGGCGGCGGUGGUCAGCGGCGUGUGGCUGCUGCAGCCGCCGCCGCCGCCACCCCAGGCAUCCCAGCCACCCAAGCCACCCAAGCCGCCACCCAGCGCAGGCGCUACUCGGCAAGGGUCUGCCGGUGUCGCCGCCGGUGCAGCCCAGACCACUGCCGGCGCUGCUGCGGCGCCUGCCGUUAUGGCGGCGGCGGCGGCGGCGACGGCGGCGGAGCCAGCGGCAGCGGCGACGGCGGCAGCGGCGGAGCCAGCGGCAGCGGUGGUUGACCCGGCCCUGCUCGCGGCGUGCCUGGACGGUACGGCGGCUGUGGACUGGGUGUACGACAGUGUACGGGCGCUGCUGCCGUACAGCGUGGGCACGUACGCGGCGGACCUGGGCCCGAGCGACCCCCGGGACGUGGAGCUGGCGACGCAUGCGUUCGGCGGCGGCGGCGGCGGGAUGGCGGCGGCGGCGGUGGGAGCGGCUGGCGUAAAGGCGGGGGACGGCCCGCGGGCCCCUCCACCCAUUGGGAUGGCGCUUGAUGGCGGCAGUGAUGAGGUGGGCUGCGGAGCAGGCGCGGACGCGGGGGUUGAGGGGCUGGGCUGGGCGGCCCAGGUGCCGUCCGGGGCGGCCUGGUUGGGGCCUGGCGGCGGUGGUGGUGGCGGCGGCGGCGGCGGCGGUGGCGGGCGGCUGCAGCUGCUGGCGGCUAUGAAGCGGGCGGCGGACCCGGCAGGGCUGCUUGUGGCGGGUGCGCCGCCGCUGCUGCAGGCGGCGGCGCUACAGUUGGCGGCGUUGGGCGUGGGAGGGGAGGAGGCAGGCGGCGAUGGGGCUGGCCCGUAGCAGGAUGGCGGAGUGGUGGUGCGCGGAAAUGGUGCAUGCGCCUGAAGACCCCUGGUGGCGGGGUGCUGCCUGGCGGCCGCGUGGCAGGAGCAGGUGGCUGGGGCGCGCACGUGUAUGUCGCGUUUGGAUGCAGGGUUUGGCAGGCUUCUGUCGGGUCGUUUCUGACGCGGCCACGAAGUAGAGUGAGGCGUGUGGGCGGUUUGGUGUUGGUGUUGGUGUUGCAGGAUGGAUGUUGUUGCAAGCUCUGUGUGUACCGAGGGACGUGCUGGACGUUCCAAUUGUGAAGAACGAGUGGUUGCGCUGCACCCAAUUUAGAUGUCCGUGUUGCAUGCUGACCACUGCACAUUGUGUGCCCAGGAUCGUGCAACGCCUCCGCAAUGCCGAUGGCUGCCCAGCACAUAAUUCGCAGUACUGCUAAGCAAAGGAAUACCCGGAUUGCAGCUUGUUGAAAUGCAAGCAUGUCGCAGCUCUGGGUCUUUCAAUGGGCAGG